UCAGACCCUGGACCUCAGGGAUGCAAGAGGACAGCUCCAAGCCUGGGGCGGGGUUGUGUGCGGCUUUAAAAAGUGGGGUCCCUGCCCAAGCACGGAUAGGCAGAGCCCAGAGGAGCGGCCUCGAAUCUCUGCUGCCCCAACCAACUAAUCGACAAUCCAGGGUCCACCACAUCUCUAGAUUCCAAAAGCCAACUAGGACUUUAGUCCCACCCCGCUCCAGAGAGCCAACGGAGGACGAGACCGGCGCCACUUCCGGCCAGGAAACUAGUUGGCGCCCGCAUUGCGUGGUGACGCACUUCCUCCCUGUAACGAACCCGGCUCAGGCGGGUUCCGACAGGCGGCGCUGGAGGCCUCAACCCUUUGCGACUGGCCUAGCCCUAGAGUGUUAUGGGAAUCGAGGCCCCCCUUGGUUCCGCCUCUUCCUCUUUCGUCAAUUCCGUGUCCGCUCCGGUUUUCGGUGAUGCGCUUACGUAAAGGUUACACCUCCCGUUGGGCAUUGGUCCAUUGCCUUCUGGGAGUUGUAGUUCCUGAUGUACUAAAGUCGUGCCAUUCAGACAGCCGGGGACUCGGUUUCCCAGAAAGCCGAGCGAAAGUGGGCAGGAACCACGGGCCGAAUCCCGCGGAACCGGCGGGACUCUGCUGGGAAAGGCCGCUGGGUAUUGCAACGAGCACGGAACGGUGAGCGUCGGCCUCCUUAGAACCGCGCGACUAGGCCAGUCCCCUGACGGCGCUUCCUCCGGACGUGGCUGGGUAGUCCCUGCGGUGGCGCUCCACAACUGUGCGCGUGUGGACACACUUUAGGCACUCAGCUUCGCGAGGCCGUCGCUCGCCUGCAUGACCGGGCAGCGUCUGACUGUGAACAGAGGCGCCUAGCACGUAGUGGAGGUGGGGAGGGUCCCAGGUCGGCAUGGCGGAGGCGGAGGCUGGCUUGGAGGCUGAGGAACCCACCGAGGAUGACACCCUUCCUUCCGACACCGUCUCCCUCAGCGACUCAGACUCGGACCUCAGCCUACCUAGUGGUGCCGAGGUGCAAGUCUUGUCCCCGGAGAGGCUUUCCGGGGAAGCCCAGGAGGACUCCGGUCCCGAUGACCCUCCCUCACCCCUCACGGGUGUCCCCACUACCCCAGUCCAGCCGUUCCACCUCCGAGGCAUGAGUUCCACCUUCUCGCAGCGCAGUCACAGCAUCUUUGAUUGUCUGGAGAGUGCGGCCCGGCAGGCACCGCCCUCUGCGCCCCAAACUAGUGUGACUGACAAUGGCAGCUUCAAACGGCCUGUGACUCCCCCAAGUCAGACUCCGGCAAGGAACCUGAGCAGAGUGCAUGAGAGCACUGGCCCAGUCAGGGUGCCUCCUGUGCCGGAUUAUGUGUCCCAUCCUGAACGUUGGACCAAGUACAGUCUGGAAGAUGUGGCUGAAGUCAGUGAGCAGAACAAUCGUGCAGCUGCUCUGGCCUUCCUGGGCUCUCGCAGCCAGGCAUCCCCUACGGACUAUGUCCCCUCCUUCAACCAGGAUCCCUCUAGCUGUGGGGAGGGGAGAGUGGUCUUUACCAAACCAGUACGAGGCAGUGAGGCUAGGGCCGAGAGGAAGAGGAUCCUAAAGAAGGGGGAUGUGUCAAGUGCUGGGGGUGAGGCCUCUGUGGAGCUGGCCCAUCUGGCCGGGCCUGAGGCUGAGGAGUGGAGUGGCCACCAGGGACUGCAAGAGGUAGUGGUACCUUCAGGAGCUGACCACCCUGGGUCCUCCUCAGACCCCACAGGGAUGGAGGCUGUUGGUUUCCAUGGCAGCAAGAAGCGGAGCAGAGAACAUUUCCGGAACAGGGACAGUAACCCCGAGGGGCCAGGGUCUGAGAGAGGCCCCUCAGUUUGACUGCAGUGCUAGCUCUCCACCUCCUCACCUGCCCAGCCCAGGCUUGAGGGAAGCUGUGUUGUGCAACAGCCCUGGCUGGGAAUGUGGAACCUUGGAGGCCCUUGUGCCCCAUUGUCCUGGGGUGGACAAUAAAAGUUUGGGGUAUGUCUUA